UUAAUUGCGACUUUUACAAACGAUAUUGAUCACGUAAAUUGACAAUAUAUUGGACAGGUUGUUUUCUGAGUUCAUAGUUUCUGUGAAUAAAAUGGGUAGAAAAGUAACAUUGGCAACUUGCACAUUGAACCAAUGGGCAAUGGACUUCAAAGGAAAUUUAUCGCGGAUUUUGCAAAGUUUUCAAGAAGCUAAAGCUCUGGGAGCAAAGUACAGGAUGGGACCAGAGCUGGAAAUAUGUGGAUAUGGUUGUGCAGAUCAUUUCCACGAGAGUGACACGUUCCUGCAUUGCUGGCAGGUGCUUGCAGAGUUGAUACACGCCCCAGAGUGUCAAGACAUCAUCGCAGAUGUUGGCAUGCCAGUAAUGCACAAGAAUGUUGCCUAUAACUGCAGGGUUAUUUUUCUCAAUAAAAAGAUUCUUCUCAUCCGCCCAAAGAUGAUCCUGUGUAAUGACUGUAACUAUCGCGAGACACGCUGGUUUACAUCCUGGAAGAUGGAACGUCAGACAGAGGAAUACUACCUGCCUAGAAUGAUACAGGACAUCACGCAACAGGUGAAGGUUCCGUUUGGUGAUGCAGUUCUUUCAACUCUGGACACCUGCAUUGGUUCUGAGAUAUGUGAAGAAAUGUGGAAUCUCCAGAGUCGUCAUAUAGACAUGGCACUAGACGGUGUGGAGAUAUUCACCAAUGGCAGUGGUAGCCAUCAUGAGCUUCGUAAAGCAUACGUCCGUGUUGACCUGGUUAAGUCUGCAACCAUGAAGUGUGGCGGCUGCUAUGUCUUCUGCAACCUGAUGGGAUGUGACGGGGAGAGGGUGUUUUAUGAUGGCUGCUCCAUGAUAGCUGUCAACGGCAAGAUUGUCUGUCAGGGACCACAGUUCACAUUGAAAGACGUGACAGUAAAUGUAGCGACAAUAGAUCUUGAAGAUAUCAGGGCAUAUCGAAAUGCUAUCAGGAGUUUCUGUGAGCAGAACUCACGUGCCCCUGCUUUCCCACGGAUACAUGUGGACUUUGCUCUGUCUGGAGACGACUACUUCUUGCCAGUGUCAAAGCCUAUUGAAUAUCAAUUCCACUCUGCAGAGGAAGAAAUAAGUUUGGGUCCUGCCAUCUGGCUGUGGGACUACCUGCGUCGCAGUGGACAGGGCGGCUUCUUCCUGCCCCUGAGUGGUGGAAUAGACAGCUCUAGCACUGCCUGUAUCGUCUACUCCAUGUGUAACCUUAUCUGUGAAGAGGUGAACAAGGGAGAUUCCCAUGUGUUGUCCGAUGUACGGCGUGCUGUCAGUGACCCCAGCUACUACCCCAGUGAUCCCAGGGAGCUGGUAGGGAGGCUCUUCAUCACGUGCUACAUGGGAUCAGAAAACUCUUCUCAGGAAACCAAGUCACGGGCUGCAGAGCUGGCCAAACAGAUUGGCAGCUUCCACCUGGCUGUUGUCAUAGAUGCAGCAGUGGCGGCAGUGGUGGGUGUAUUCACAGCAGCCUUGAAGCUCGUACCAAAGUUCAAGGCUCAUGGGGGUGGACUACGGGAAAACUUGGCCCUGCAGAACGUUCAGGCACGAGUACGUAUGGUUGUGGCCUAUCUCUUUGCCCAGCUCACUUUAUGGGCUCGCGGUCGACCCGGCGGAUUGCUGGUGCUGGGAUCCGCAAAUGUGGAUGAGGCGCUGCGAGGUUAUAUGACCAAGUAUGACUGCUCCAGUGCAGACAUCAACCCUAUCGGAGGCAUCAGCAAGACUGACCUACGCACCUUCAUCAGAUACUGCAUUGACAAGCACAGGCUGACUGCUCUUGAAGGGAUCUACUCUGCCCCACCCACUGCAGAGCUGGAGCCCUUGGUAGACGGACAUCUGGCACAGACAGAUGAGGAUGACAUGGGAAUGACAUAUGCCGAGCUGUCAGUGUAUGGAAAGCUGCGAAAACAGAACGGCUGUGGCCCGUACAGCAUGUUCACCAAGCUUCUCCACACCUGGGACUGGCUCACACCCGAACAGGUUGCGGACAAAGUGAAGCACUUCUUUCGAUGCUACUCCAUGAAUCGUCACAAGAUGACGACUCUCACCCCGAGCUACCAUGCUGAGACCUACAGUCCAGAUGACAAUCGCUAUGACCAUCGACAGUUCCUGUACAAUGUGGCCUGGCCUUGGCAGUUCAAUUGUAUUGAUACACAGGUCAAGAGGUUACAGAAGGUGUCAUCUGCUCAACAAGAGCACAAUUUCUCCCUACCUUCUAAACAAAAUGAUGGAACCAGUCAAAACCAGUCUUCUGCAGGGAAUACAAAGGGGGGCAACAACCAGUCCAGUCUCACUCCAGGUGUGAUGGUUGCCUUGACAACUGAGGCCCCAGACUACCGGCCCUUGGAAACAACAGAAUGUUGGUUGAACGCACCAAUCAAUGGGUCACUGCUUGACAACAUUUGCAGGAAAUGCCCAGAUCUUCUGACCACUGGAAAUGUCUCUUUUCCAGAGAGCAAAAGGCCAAGGUUGUCUGUUGCUAUGGUUCCAACAGAAGUGUAGGAGUGUUGAUGAUAAUAAUGCUAGUCACUAAUCAAAAUGAGACACGCAGAUUUUGUAUAUUUUAUAUUGUCUGUUUAACAGUCACAAAUGUGAAUUUUUAUAACAGGGUACUUGUAUUUCGCGUUAACUGUAAAAUUAAAUGGAAUUUUUCCCAUUAGCCUUUUGUUUUCUUUAGAAAAAAAAUCUUUAGAAUAUUCUAACAUUAUAUUACCUUUAAAUGGACGUGAAAUCCAGAACAUCAUACAUGAUUGAAAGGUUUUAGUAUUUAGAAUUAGUUAGAUUUUAGUUGUGCUGUUGGUCAAAUAAAUUCAAUGAGCUUAA